UUCGCGAUCGACCGAGACCUCGCACGCACGCACGCGUUCAUGCUGGUGACAGAGAGCUAGUAUCUGUGAAGGCUGAUGCAUAUACAUGAUGUGAUUAACCCCAUGCACGCAAGCAACGUUCGGGAGCUGUGUGCAUGGGCAGAUCAGUGGCCAUCUUGCCUCCCGUUCUUGCACGAGCACAACAAAGUGGAAAGAUGGCAAGCAGAUACGGAACCUGCCUUGCCUUCAUCUUGCUGCUCGCCACCGUCGCGCCGUGCCCGUCGGCGUCGGCGCAGCACACGCUAGGCGCCGGCUCCUCUCUGUCGGUGGAAGACCACGAGCGGCCGUUCCUGACCUCCCCCGACGGCACUUUCUCCUGCGGCUUCCGGGAGGCCGGCGAGAACGCCUUCUCCUUCUCCGUUUGGUACACCGGCGCCGUGGAGAAGACCGCCGUCUGGACGGCGAACCCCGGCGCCCCCGUGAACGGCCGGGGCUCGAGGAUCUCGUUCCGCCGCGACGGUGGCCUGGCCCUCGACGACGCCAACGGGACCACGGUGUGGGAGAGCAAGACGAGCGGCGGCGGCGGCAGCGCCCUGGCCGUAUCCCUCCUCGACACCGGCAACCUCGUCAUCUCGGACCCGUCUAACAACAGCGGCCGCGCCGCGUGGCAGAGCUUCGACUGGCCGACGGACACGCUGGUCCCGUCGCAGCCGCUCACCAAGCACAUGAAGCUCGUCGCCGGCUACUUCAGCCUCUACUACGACAACGACAACGUGCUGCGCCUCCUCUACGACGGGCCCGAGAUCUCGAGCAUCUACUGGCCAAACCCGGACAAAGAUCCGUUCAAGAACGGCCGGACAACGUACAACAGCUCGAGGAUCGGCGUCCUCGACGACAACGGCUUGUUCCUCUCCAGCGACAAUCUGGGAGUCAACGCCUCCGACCUCGGCCCCGGCGUGAAGAGACGGCUGACCAUCGAGCAGGACGGCAACGUGAGGAUCUACAGCAUGAAAGCGUCCACGGGGGGCUGGACGGUGACGUGGGCGGCGAUGGCGCAGCCGUGCUACGUCCACGGGCUGUGCGGCCGGAACGCGAUCUGCGAAUACGAGCCGAGCCUCAGAUGCUCGUGCGCGCCGGGGUACGAGAUGGUCGACCGGCAGGACUCGCGGAAAGGCUGCAAGCCCAUGUUCACCGUCACCAACUGCAGCCUGCAGGCGUCGCCGUCUCCGUCGCCGGAGCAGCGGUAUAAGUUCGUCAAGAUGCCGCACACCGACUUCUACGGCUACGAUCUGUGGUUCUACCAAUCCGUCACCUUCGAGUACUGCAAGAAAAUCUGCUUGGAGACGUGCUUGUGCGUCGGCUUCUCCUACAAGCUUGAGGGCCAAGGCGUCUGCUACCCGAAGAGCGUGCUGUUCAACGGCUUCACAUCUUCAUCGUUCACCGGGACCAUCUACCUCAAACUACCAAUAGAUUUCAACGCCUCAGCGCCUACGGCCACCGCGCGGAGCACCGCAGGCCUCGCCUGCGAUCCUAACGUUUCCGUGAUCGUCCAAGGGUCACCAGGCACGUUCGGGAGACCCGGAAACGACGCGAAGUGGCCGUACUUGUUUGCGUUCGCCGGAGUACUGGGAGUUCUCGAUCUGAUCUUCAUCGCGACAGGGUGUUGGUUCCUCUCCAGCAAGCAGAGCAUACCCAGUUCGCUGGAGGCAGGAUACAGGAUGGUGACGGGCCAGUUCAGGAGGUUCACGUACCGGGAGCUCAAGGACGCCACGGGGAACUUCAAGGAAGAGCUCGGGCGCGGCGGCUCCGGCGUCGUGUACCGCGGCGUGCUCGACAAAGGGAAAAUUGUGGCGGUGAAGAAGCUGACGAACGUGGCGGGAGGCGACGAGGAGUUCUGGGCGGAGAUGACGGUGAUCGGCCGGAUCAACCACAUCAACCUCGUCAGGAUCUGGGGGUUCUGUUCCCAGGGCAAGCACAAGCUUCUCGUGUACGAGUACGUGGAGAACGAGUCGCUGGACAGGCACCUGUUCGCCACGGACCGGACGCUCCCAUGGCGUGAGCGAUACAGGAUCGCGCUGGGCACGGCCAGGGGCCUCGCGUACCUCCACCACGAGUGCCUGGAGUGGGUCAUCCACUGCGACGUGAAGCCGGAGAACAUCCUGCUGACGCGGGAGUUCGACGCCAAGAUCGCCGACUUCGGGCUCGCCAAGCUGUCCAAGAGGGACGGCGCCGCCGGCGACAGCAUGCAGCUGUCCCACAUGAGAGGGACAACGGGGUACAUGGCGCCAGAGUGGGCGCUGAACGUGCCCAUCAACGCCAAGGUCGACGUGUACAGCUACGGCAUCGUGCUGCUGGAGAUCGUGAUCGGGAGCAGGAUCUCUGAACAGAGGACAGCCGGUGGUGAGCGGCUGGAGAAGUCGCAGAUCGCUGAGGUCCUGAGGCAGGUGGUGGCCAGUGGGGACAUCGAGCCCUUGGUGGAUGGCAGGUUGCAGGGGCAGUUCAAUCCCCCGCAGGCCCUGGAAAUGGUGAGGAUUUCUUUGUCGUGUAUGGAGGAGAGGAGCAGCCGGCCGACGAUGGAUGACAUCGCCCAGGCUCUCGCAGCGUGCGACGAUGAGGACGAGCACCCUGCCUACAGGUCAUGACUCGUGAGUCGUGACCACCCGAUAAAAAUGGCACUGAACUUUAGCUGUAGUAAUCUGGGAAUUGGGAAGGUCAGUCACUGCGAAGUCUCUUCAGGGUAACACUUGCUAUUAACUGUUUACAAUAUUAGGCCGACAAAUUAAAUGGUUGAUGAUGCUUAGAGCGCACUUAAUUGUUUUAUAUAUGUGUUUAAUUGUUGACUUUC